GGCCCGAAGACGACGACGCCCGCGGCCGCAGCAUGACGCCAUCCACCAAGCGCGACGGCGAAGCGACGCCAUCCAACUCGGCUAGCCGAAGCUACAUGAUCGGGUCGGCCGGCGGCGCCCAGCUCCAGGACAUCCUGCGCACGGCUGCCCAGCCCGAGGAGGCCAUCGUCUCGUUCCAAAAGCAGCAUGGCCUCAAGGAGGACACGGCCGCAUCGCUGCAGCUCCUCGACUUGCUCGGCUGCCGGCGGUCCGAAACUCACCGCAGCCUCCUCGACGCGCUGCUCCAGACGCUUCUCGCACGCAUUCAACACAAGCACACGAGCGAGGCGCAGCUGCUCAAGCUGCUUGAGGCCACGUUCCCGUACCUCGAGUACAAGGAGCUCCGAUGCAUCCCAAUCGCGAUCAUGGCGGCGCAGAGCUCAACGCCGUCGCUCUACCUCAAGGAGAUGUGCGACCCGGACCACCGACACUUGCUUGAACACCUCCCGAUGCACGUCAAGCGCCGCCUCUGGAGCAUCGCACCGCACGAACUGCGGCUCGAGAUGGACAAGGUCGUCGGCCAGUACCUCGACCACAAGCGGGCGCUGCUUCUCGAAGCGUCGUGUCCCUUCGACCUGCAUGCCCACUCGUCGCUGUCGCCCGAAGACAGGCGGAAGCAAGACCCGGUGCUCGCGACGCUCGUCAACAUGAUUGGCGACUCGGCCGAGCUCUACCUCCAGUGCGUCGACAUUUUGCGAUCCAUUGUCGCGUCCGGGGUACUCCCGGGGCACGCGUCGUCGCUGGAGUCGCCCAAAGAGUACACAUACCUCGCGUCGCUGCUUGGGACGCUCCGCAGCGACAUGGCCAACGUCCAGCGCGACCACGCGACCACGCUCGUGCGCACGGACCCGCUGCACAAGUUUCUCUGGUUCCUCGACCACGCCGUGAAGACCAACCACAUGGACGCCGCCCAGCUGCUCGAGAUGCUGCUCGUGCUCCGGAAGCUCCGGCUCCGCGACGCCAAGCCGUCCGCGACUGCGAUCGCGUCGGCGCCGCCGCCACCAAAGGAAACGCUCCUCAAGCUCAUUGACCAAAUGACCAAGUCGGACAGCCGCCGCAUCUUUGCCGAGCCGGUGCCGGACGAUGUGCCCAACUACCAUACGAUCAUUGCGUCGCCCAUGGACCUGAGCACGCUGCGGCAGAACGUCCAUGCGGCGCUCUAUAGCUCGCUCGCCUCGUUUGCAAAGGACGUCAACCUCAUGUGGACCAACUGCAUGACGUUCAACGAAGAAGGCACGAUCUACCACAAGGAGGCGAAGCGGCUCGAGAAGCUCAGCGCCGGCUGGAUGGAGAAGGCGCGCGUCGCACUCGAAGCGGAGAAGGCGCCGCCGUGCCUGCUCGCGACGACCGGCGCUCUCUCGGCCAAGGACGCCAACGACACGGAGCGCUCGGGCAUGGUGUUUGAAGGCGAGUGCGACCCGCUUCUUGCCGACGUGGCCAUUGUGCUCUCGGAUCCGAUCGUCAAGCGGCUGUUGCACCACGUGCUCUGGCUCCAGCUGCGUUCGGUCGCGGCCCGGCACAUCUUUCCGACCGACGAUCUUGUGUGUCGCGGCCUCGUGCAGCUCCUGCAUGUGGGCAACGUUGGCUCGGUGCGCCGCAUGGUGCGGAAGCAAGACUACCUCUUGCGGUCGCCGCCCGUGCUCGUGCUCCGCCUCUGCCUCCCGCUUCUGCUGCGCGCGCAGCUCUCGAGUGCCCACAUGCCCGAACGAACGAUCGCCAUCUUUGACGAGAGCUGGGCGACCGUGUGGGCCAAUGGAACGUGCCUCAAAGCUCUUGGCCGCCAGUUUUUUCUGACGCUCAUCCACGACGGUGCGCUUGGCGCUGCGCACGCGCUCCUCAAGACGACCGAGGCGGCCGCCGAGAAGGACGACGCGUGGACGCGGGACAGUGUCUUCCUCUCGAGUGUCGUGCAUGCGCUGCUGCUGCACAAGCAUCAUCUCAAGCACAAGGAAGGGCCGUGGAAGACGCUGGUUCACGCCCUCUUCGAGACAAUAUGGCUACCUGCCGUGCGCCUCGAGCAAGGCAAGGCGUACGUGGACGUUGAAGACAUUGCCGUGCUGCCGCUCGUGCAUCUCCACGGACAGAUGGCGCGCCUCAUGGUCGCCUUGGUCGACGACAAGGAGUCGAUCCUUUCGUUUGCUUCAUCGGCGCUGCAUGGCUUGACGUCCGAGACCGUGCCACUCGCCGUCGUCGCGGCCAGCACCGCCUUUGCGCCGCUACGACCGUUCUACCGCAAGCUACAGCUCAAGCAUCCCGAGCUCGCCAAGGAUGUGACGUUCGAGGACGACUUGUAGCGUGCGUAAUAGAUGAACGUCCUCUGAGUACACUA